UUCUCAUUGCUAGUAGGGUCCAGUCUGCGUGCAAACACAUCCCCCAACUAAGCUGAACGUUUUGUUGGAAGAAUCGAAAAAAACACAAGAGAAAGUGCAUAGUGCAUGAAUUCUUGUUUCAAAGUGAAAGUUGAAAGACACACCCCUUGUGAGGCAGAAUACGAUCACCAUCCCGCUGCUGGGAAAGACAGCCCGAACCAAGCUUGUAUACGCGUGUGCUCGUAUGCGUGUAAAAAAGACAGGGCCAAACGAUUGUGUGAUACACGGUGGAAAAAGUGAUCCAGGCUCCCCAACAACACCCAACGGCACCGGUGGAACCGGUUCCUCGAGAUUCGGAAUCGAUUCAAGCGCACAGCUUCAUCAACAACAAUAGCAGCAAGCGCGUCAGCUAGGACAGACCCGCGUAACGCCACCAACCAAGAUGCAUAUUCAUCCGAGCUCACCGAACUCCUCCCAGUCGGAAGAUGAUGCGGCCACGAAAAUCCAGGCCGGAUUCCGCGGGUACCGAGUGCGCAAGCAGAUGCGCGGACAGGGCAGUGGGGGCAAGGGUGCCGUCAUCGCUUCGGGCGGAAUGGUGCCCGGUGCAGGCGCUGGCUCUGGUUCGGGCACUUCAUCGUCCGGCACGGUGGAGGACAAAUCGGCCACCAAAAUACAGGCGAAUGUGCGCGGCUUUCUGGUGCGUAAGAAGCAAAAGAUGGCCACCGAGGCCGCGACCAAGAUUCAGGCCAGCUUCCGCGGCUUCAAGACGAGAAAGGAGCUGAAAUCAUCUACCAAGAAGGAGAAAUAGAUCACCACCGGAUGGGAUGGAGGAGCAUAGGUUGCAGCAGUGAAAUGGGGGCAAUAUGGAGUGGAGUUGCAGCUCGCCAAGCACGGAGGAAAUGCGUUGCGCGUGCGUGUGUCGGAUCGGAUUUGUACAUUUUUAAAUGAAAUGAGGAAAAAACGUGUGGUGAAACAGAGGGGCAAUUUUGAUUUUUUAAACAAACACGAUAAAAAACGCCAUCUGUUCUGGCCCGGUUCUCAGGAAGAUUUUUCUGUUUCUGGUCCGUAGUUCCGUAGACACUCGGUGCGGCACGAGCGGUGCAUUUUUUCUAUCCUCAAAACGCAAAACAUUCUUUUUAUUGAGCAGUGAAUCUGGUUGGUGCUAAAUCGAGUGAUUUCCUGCUGCGUGACUUAUGUCCUGCGUCUGUCGCUUUUUGUUGUUAUUCCAAGAUUUUUACGCAAGCUUACGUGAGUGGGUGGAUGGAAUUUCGUGUGCAGCUUCUUGUAUGUCCGGUGUGAAGAUUUAAUUUUAAUUUCUCGUUUUGUUUUGCAUACCGGAUCCAACAUGAACCAGCGUGCAUGCGUAUAUGUGUGUGUAUGUGUGGCACAAUGUUUACAACGGUUUGCGUGUCUAUAUCUGUAACGCAUUCCGCACUGGCUGGCUGGCGCUGGCAUCAUGAUCGAUGAAUCGAUCAUUUCACAUCGCAAUGUAUGAGCUCCAGUCUCGUUCCUGUUUGUACAGAUAGACGGGACACACAGGGAUCAUAGUAAACUGCGCGUUGCUUCGUCACACAAUAAGCACAUUCAGCAAACGACCACGCACGCAAUAAAUGCCGCGAUGCCAUGGACGAUCGUCGUUGAUCGCUCGCCCCUCUGGAGUGCAUCGAAAAAAUCCCAUUUUUCUGCGCUACGCCGCGCACAACAACCGUUUUCGUUUUCUGUUUCGCGCAAAAUAACAUAACAUAAAUCAUCGUUCUAGUUGAUUCGCGAUUGAGCAUAUCGAGUUAUGCAAAUGAGAUAGCAUUAGUUGUAGUAGAAAAGGGGUGAGCUAUCGAUCAGAGAUGCUCCGCCAGGGCCAGGAAAACUUCCCUACCGGGUACCGGGAAAAAGACGCACAAGAGCGAUAGUGGGAAAAUAAAAAAAAAAGCAGAAGAAUAUGGACUGACUAUACAUCUCCCGCUAGACCACAGGAAGGUACGUCAGAGCAGAAUAAAAGUGAAAGCAAUUAGGAGCCGUUGCUUACGCACAUGUAACAUCCCCCCUCCCCCCAUCACCCCACAUUCUGACCUUACGAGUUUUCCACUCUGACAAGAACCAGAGACAUUGAAACACCCUGCGAAGUGUGCGUACAAAAUUUGUGAAGAAGAACCAGUGGGUUACUACCCCGCGCCUUUGGCUGGAAUCUUUAAAGUGUGUUUCCUUUCGUUUUACCGUUUGAGGGAAUAUAAAAUGCAUAUUGAGCUGUAUGGGCAGGACUGUAGCAAAAAGUAUUUGUAGUAGUGCAUUAAUUCUCGUUUUUACAUAGUGAUAUAUAAACACCGUUUUUUGUGACAAUAAUGAAGGCAAGUGAGGGCUAACGACAUGGGUAGAAAGUCCUAGCUAUAGUGUAUGGAUUGUUCUUUGUAGCAGCAUUGAGCAAAAUAAAGGAAUGUGCCUCAUUGUUAAUAAAUAAUAGCUUUUACUGUAUUUCAA